CGGCGUGUGUGGGUGAGUGUGAGUGUGUGAGAGAGAAAGUUUGAGUGAGUGAGUGUGUAAGGGAGAGGGGAGAAGAGGAGGGAAGGGGGACAGGAGUUGUAGGAAACUACUGAGCAGCCGGAGAGACAGCCUGGUUUCCUAGUGUCCAGGAGCUCUGAUGUCCAUCAUGGCCUUGUAUUUGACCCUGCUCAUGCUGGCUCUCAGUGUGCUGGGACAGGAACUCCCAUCAGGCCCUCACGGCUGCACAGAAGGAAGCUGUUACCCUGCGACAGGAAAUCUUCUGAUUGGACGGGCUGUCAACCUAUCCGCCAGCUCUACAUGUGGCCUACAUGGACCGGAGCAUUAUUGCAUUGUCAGCCAUCUGCAGGAGUCUGACAAGUGUUUCGAGUGUAACUCCCAGCAUGACUACGACUUUUAUCGUCACAGAAACAGCCACCGCAUCCAGAACGUUAUCUACCUCAUGGACAGGAACGGAGAAAACACCUGGUGGCAGUCUGUGAAUGGACAGGAGAAUGUCAGCAUCAGACUGAACCUAGAGGCCGAAUUCCACUUCACACAUCUCAUCAUGAAGUUCAAGACUUUCCGACCUGCAGCUAUGAUCAUCGAGCGUUCAGCUGAUUUUGGCCGCACAUGGCGCCCCUAUCGUUACUUUGCCUCAAACUGUACUAGAAGCUUCCCAGGAAUCCCAGCUAAUGGCCUGAGACACAACAAUGACGUUAUCUGUGAGGAGCGCUACUCUGACAUCGAACCCUCUACCAAUGGAGAGGUCAUUUAUAAAGUUUUGGAUCCAGCAAUUCAUGUAAAGGACCCUUACAGCUUUGACAUUCAAGAGCUGCUGCGUAUAACCAACCUGCGCAUCAACUUCACCAAGUUGAACACUUUGGGGGAUGACCUCCUGGACCGACGCUUUGACGUCCUGCAGAAAUACUACUAUGCUAUAUAUGAGCUGGUGGUCCGAGGGAGCUGCUUCUGUUAUGGACACGCCUCAGAGUGCGCACCGGUGCCAGGGGUUGACGCCCGGGAGAGUGGCAUGAUCCAUGGUCGCUGUGUGUGCAAACAUAACACCGAAGGUCUGAACUGUGAACGCUGCAAAGAUUUCCACAAUGACCUGCCAUGGAGACCAGCAGAGGCAGAAAACCCACACACCUGCAGAGAGUGUAACUGUAACGGCCACUCAAACCAGUGUCAUUUUGACAUGGCCGUGUAUUUGGCCACGGGUAACACCAGCGGAGGAGUAUGCGUUGACUGUUUGCACAACACAAUGGGACGCAACUGUGAGAUGUGCAAACCUUUCUACUAUCAAGACCCUCUGAGAGAUGUCAGGGACCCACGGGUUUGUGUUGCCUGUGAUUGUGAUCCGGUCGGAUCGUUGGAGGGAGGAGUGUGUGACAGUCACACCGACCUGGACAUGGGCAUGAUCUCAGGACAGUGCCGCUGCAAAGCAAACGUCAAAGGCACACGCUGCGAUGACUGCAAGGAGGGAUAUUAUGGACUGAGCCAGAACGACCCACUGGGUUGUCAGCCCUGCAACUGUGACCCUCGAGGCAUCAUCAUGAUGGGAGCUCCAUGUGAUCAGAUCAGUGGGGACUGCUCGUGCAAAAGAUAUGUCACUGGUCGUUACUGUAACCAGUGUUUGCCUGAAUACUGGGGGCUUAGUAACGACCUUGCUGGCUGUAGACCAUGUGACUGUGACUUUGGCGGAGCUUUCAACAACAGAUGCAUGAUGGAGAAUGGCCAGUGUGACUGCAGGAGGCAUUUGAUUGGACGACAGUGUUCAGAGGUGCAGCCUGGGUAUUUCUGUGCUCCUCUGGAUUACUACAAAUACGAGGCAGAAGAUGCCACUGGACACUCCCCUAGUGACCCUGCACUGCCAGGCAAAGUCCGUCCUCAGGCAGAGACUGACUGUGUGGAGCACCUCAACAACCAGCUGAGGAGACACCGGCGUCACCGCCGCAUCACAAACUCACAGCAGCACCGUGCAGCUCUAAGACGCAUACGCCAACUUCAACAAACACCGGAUGUGAGGACUGUUUACAGAGAACACUCUCCCAGCCACAUGGUGUCAUGGACAGGACCUGGUUUUGCACGAGUCAAGGAUGGAGCUGGCCUGGUGUUUACUAUUGACAAUGUCCCCUACGCCAUGGAGUACAACAUCAUGAUCCGCUAUGAGCCUGAGUCCACAGAGGACUGGGAAGCUAUAGUUAGCAUCACAUCAGUAAUGCUACCUUCUAGCCUCCGCUGUGGAAACCUCCUCCCAACAGAACAGCUCUACACUGUGACUCUGCCACACAGAAACAGGUACAUCCAGAUGCCCAGGCCAUUCUGCUUUGAGCCCAGUAAUCGUUACAUAGUUUCGAUCAGGUUCCAGCGCCACGGAGUCUCACACAGACAUCUCACAGCCUUCAUUCUUGUUGACUCGCUGGUUCUCAUCCCUCAUUACACCGAGCUUCCUGGUUUCCAAGGAAAUAAUCCAGAGGCAGAGCGGCGACGAGAGGAGAUGAUUCGCUACAUGUGUUUGGAUUCUUUCAUGAUCACACCGAUGCCUGCUCUGGCUGAGAUGUGUGCUAAACUCAUCUGCAGUAUUUCUGCAAUCAUUCAUGACGGGGCUUUACCCUGUCAGUGCGACCCUCAGGGCUCCCUCAGUGGUGAAUGUGAUAAGGUUGGAGGUCAGUGUCACUGUAAACCCAAUGUAAUGGGUCAACGCUGUGACCAGUGUGCUCCUGGAACCUAUGGCUUUGGAGUCAAUGGCUGUACAUCAUGUGACUGUCACCCCGAGGGUUCUUUGAGCCACCAGUGUGACUCCAUCACUGGUCAGUGUCAGUGCAGACAGGGAGCUACCGGGCGCCAAUGCUCAGACUGCCAACCAGGCCAGUGGGGCUUCCCCAGCUGCAGCCCCUGUCAGUGUAACGGCCACGCUGACCUCUGUGACCCCCGCACCGGGGAGUGUCGAGACUGCAGGGACUACACAGCAGGACACCUCUGUGAACGCUGUGUAGACGGUUUCUUUGGAAACCCAGUGCUUGGCUUAGGGGAGCACUGUCGGCCCUGUCCCUGCCCCAGUUACCCUGGCUCGGAUCACUUUAAUGGGCACUCCUGUCAGGCUGACCACACAUCCAACCAGAUCAUCUGCACCUGCAAACCAGGCUAUGCAGAGCCUCGCUGUGACCGCUGUGCACCUGGUUAUUAUGGCAACCCAGAGCAACCUGGUGGUCAAUGCCUUCCCUGCCAGUGCAACGGUAACAUUGAUACACAGGACCCUGAGGCAUGUGACCCCAGGACAGGACAAUGCCUCAAGUGCUUGUACCAUACAGAUGGGCAAUCCUGUGCACACUGUCAACAAGGUUACUACGGCAACGCUUUGGCCCAUGACUGCAGGCGCUGUACCUGUGUGACAGCUGGCACCAUAAGGUCUGCUUGCAGUGAUGGUCAGUGUUACUGUGACAGAGAGACUGGAGCCUGCCCCUGCAGAGAGAAUGUAGCUGGCCAUAACUGCGACCAAUGUGCCCCCAACCACUGGAACUACGGUCAGGACAGAGGCUGUGAGCCAUGCAGUUGUGACCCACAACAUGCUCUGGGAACUCACUGCAACAUGUUCACAGGACAGUGUCACUGUCGUCCAGGGUUUGGAGGGAGACAGUGCAAUGAGUGUGAGCAGUUCCACUGGGGUGACCCAAGGGUGCAGUGUCAAGAGUGUAACUGUCAUCCCCUGGGCGCAGAGAUGGCCCAGUGUGACAGAGUAACGGGAGCAUGUGAGUGCAGAGAAGGAGCAGCAGGGAAACACUGUGAUGAAUGUGCUCGAGGCUUCACUGGCACUUUCCCUAGCUGUGUCCAGUGCCACCCAUGCUUCCAGCUGUGGGACGAUGCGAUAUGCCAGCUUAAAAGGGACCUGGACCACAUCCAGUAUGUCAUUGAGAAGAUUCUGGAGAAUGGUGUCACACCGGGAGUUGGGGACAAACGCAUUGCAGAGCUGGAGAAGAAGCUGAAGCAGGUGAAAGACCUGAUCAGUACUGAGGAGAGGGACAGGAUCUACCAGCUGAUUGGACAGAGCAUUGAUGACCUCAGAGCUGAGAUUGCCCUGACUGACGGGCGUCUUAUGAGUGUUGCUCGAGAGCUGAACACAACAUCAGCAGAAGAAGAGGCACUGAGACACACAUUGACUGAUUUAGAGAGACAACUGAGAGACAUCAACACAACUGUGGCUGAAAAACAACAACUGGUGGAAAACUACCUCACCUCUGGAUUCUCAGAUCAGUAUGAGAAAGUAAAGGGGUAUUACCGAAAGUCAUUGGAGGCUCAGCAGAAAUGUAACGCCUCGGUGUAUGGACCUACCAGUCCUGUGGAACAGUCCAAAGAGACCCGCGCUGCCACUAAAAAUCUACUGGAUGCCAGUAAAGACAAGUUCCUCCGAGCUCUAGCUGCUCAAAAUAAAUCCUUGAAUGAGCUGCAACACAAAACCCAUGACCUUGAUAAGAGAGUCCAUCACCUCAGCAACAAGGUUUGUGGUGGUCAUAGCAAUUCCAGCAGUGAUAGCAACUGUACAGACAGCAAGUGCGGCGGGGCUGGUUGCCGAGACAAACAAGGCAACAGAGUUUGUGGUGGUGAAGGUUGCAACGGGACAGUGAGUGCUUCUAUAGCUGCGCUGAAUCACGCCAGGACUGUCACAGACAGUCUAACUGCCGCUAAUGAAGAGUUGCAAAACGUGGCCAGAAAGUUCCAGGAUAUAGCAGCUCUCACUCAGGAUGUAAAGAAUCAGGCAAUGAACACACUGGAGAAAGCCCAGAAGAAGAAAGACUACUUUGAAAGCAACAACAAGAAACUCAAAGAUUUCAUUAAGAAGAUCAGAGACUUCCUCACUGAGGAGGGAGCAGAUCCAGAGAGCAUAGAGAAGGUCGCUCUGCAGGUCUUAUCGAUCACUCUCCCUGUCAACAGGACUACAAUGGACAAAAUGGUCAAGCAGAUAAAGGACAGCCUUUCCAACCUCACAAAUGUCGAAGGGAUCGUCAACCAAACCUCAGCGCACAUCAAAAAAGCCAAAGAGCUACUCGACAAAGCUAAAGAUGCCAAGAAGAACGCAGAGGGAGUGAAGGAUGCAGCCAGCAAAACAAAGAAGGCGUUGGAUGUGUCUGAGAAGGCCAUCAAGAAAGCAAGAGCAGCCCUGAAGGAGGCUCAAAACAACCUCAACAGCAGCAGAAAUGCCACAACCGAGGUGGAUGAGAGGCUGAAGCAGCUGGAGGAGAAGCAGAUGGACAUCAUGACACGUUUAACCAACCUCUCCAUGGGGGUGGAAGCUCUGAGGAACAAGACAGAAAUGAACAGACAAAUGGCCAAGGACGCCAAAGCUCAGGCUGACAACGCCACACAUGCAACAACCUCACUGCAGCAGAGCCUGAAUGACACGGAGAAGAGGUACCAGGAGCUGCAGAUGAAGAUGGACUCUCUUGGCGGGGAGUCUGGAGGUCUGAUCAAUAUCAACCAGAGAGCAAAGGAUAUCAAGAAGGAGGCAGUGGACCUUCUUAACAAAGCCACCAAGGGGAUAGAGCAACUCAAGAAACUGGAGAAAAAGUUCAGGAGUAAUGAGCAGCGCAUGCAGAGGCAGCGCACAGAGCUGGACCAGCUGAAGGAGAACGCCACUCUGGUGCGGGAUGAGAUCAGAGAACAGGUGCAGAAGUACAGUAACUGUGUGUGAGGAGGUUCAUCUGCACUGUUUUUUACCAUGUGCUGCUGUAGUUCAGACCAGAGCGAUGACUGAUGGGGACAAAAACGCCCAUAAAAAUAAUAUGCUGCUUUGGUAAAUCCAUUUGUCACAAAUAUAUAUAUAAAGUUUUACACAUUACCUGUCAAGUGUUAUAUCACAGAAAUGCCUUCCUCUGUCCAUGUACUGUACCACAUUUACACUCCUUUAUAUCAUUGAUUUACUGAAUGGUGUUUUUAAGCUAUUACUACAGGGGUAAGACCUGUGGAGAGUAUUUGUUUGACUGUAUAUUAUGCCAGGCUAAAUGAUUUUUCAUAAAUAAUAAAUUGAAGAAGUUAUCAGAUUAUGUUAUCAGAAAUGUAUUUUGACCAAAAGUGCUUCUUGUUUGUUCUGCUGUAAUCUGACCAUGUUAGCAUUUACGAUAUGACUUACCUAUCAAGAAAUAAAAGGAAAAGUUUUGAUUAUUGAAACUAAAUUUUGAGCUUAUUUUUAUUAUAAAACAGAUUCUGAUCAAAUACAUCUGAGUGCAUUUUGUUAUAAG